AUGCUCUUUACCGCCCCCUCUGUGGCCUUGCUGGCUCUCGCAGCCGGUGUCCAGGCCAGUGGCGCUAAGCAGCAGCACGAACCCCUCGUCUUUGGCAGAAUGGUCAUCGGCAAGCAUGCUAGUGUUGCGAGUGGUACCGGUGUCGUUCCUACCGGGGCCCAGACUGGCAAUCAACCCAUCAUGACUGGCUCCCAUAACAACGGGUCCGGUACUCAAACUGGUAGCCACCCUAUCGUCACCGGUACCCACAACAACGGUACCCACGGCGGUGAUGCAGGCAGUGCUAUCAUCGGUACUGGCACCGCCCCCUGCUUAAACUGCCACGGUAGCGCAACUAUCCCCGUCGACGUUCCUACCAAGACCAACGGUUCCUCUUCCUCUGUUGGUGCUGGUGGCGUUGGUGGUAGCUCUGGCUCCGGAUCUGGCUCCGGUUCUGGAUCCGACUCUGGCCCUGGCUCUAGCUCCGGUGGUUAUGGCGGUGUUGGUGGUGGUGGUUCCAGCUCCGGUUCUGGAUCUGGCUCCAGCUCCGGCUCUGUCUCUAGCUCCGGUGAUGCUGGCGGCGUUGGUGGUGGCCCCGGCUCUGGUUCCGGAUCUGGCUCUGGAUCUGGCUCCGGCUCUGGCUCCCCCAGCUCGACCGAUUACAGCCCCUCCAGCCCUGGCUCCAAAAUCACCGCACCCCAGGUCGGAGUUUUCAGCGCUGUUAUUGGCAGCAUUGUUUACGGUGCCGUUAUGCUGCUUGCAUAA